GCGCGCGCGGCGGCGUUUGAAUGGCUGGGAGUGGGGUCGGGCCCGGGAGCUAAGGGCCGCUCUAGGCUGCCGAGCGCAGUGUCAGCGCCGCACUGGGCUGAGGCGCCGCGGUACCAUGAGGCGCCGGUGUUCAAAAGAUUAUGGCAUCUGAAACCCACAAUGUUAAGAAACGGAACUUCUGUAAUAACAUUGAGGAUCAUUGCAUUGGUCUUCCUAGAAAAAGGAUCCCUAAUUUCACUAAUAAGAACAUGAAGGAGGUUAAGAAAUCUCCAAAACAGUUGGCUGCUUACAUAAACAGAACAGUUGGACAAGCUGUGAAAAGCCCAGAUAAACUACGUAAGGUGAUCUAUCACAGAAAGAAAGUUCAUCAUCCCUUUCCAAAUUCUUGUAACAGAAAAAAGCAGUCCCUUAUAAGUGGGGGCUGUGACAUGGCAAAUAAAGAAAAUGAACUAGCUUGUGCAGGACCCCUGUCUGGAAAGUUACCCCAUGACAGUCGAACAUACUUGGUUAACUCCAGUGAGGCUGGUUCUGCACAGACAGAAAGCUCAUCAUCGAAAUACAGUGGAUUUUUUUCUGAAGUUUCUCAGGACCAUGAAACAAUGGCUCAAGUUUUGUUCAGCAGGAAUUUGAGAUUGAAUGUAGCUUUAACUUUCUGGAGAAAGAGAAGUAUAAGUGAGCUUGUAGCUUAUUUGGUGAGGAUAGAAGACCUUGGAGUUGUCGUAGAUUGCCUUCCUGUGCUCACCAAUAGUUUACAGGAAGAAAAGCAAUACAUCUCACUUGGCUGCUGUGUGGACUUGUUGCCUCUAGUAAAAUCAUUACUUAAAAGCAAAUUUGAAGAAUAUGUAAUAGUUGGUUUGAACUGGCUUCAAGCAGUAAUAAAAAGGUGGUGGUCAGAACUGUCAUCCAAAGCAGAAGUUAUAAAUGAUGGAAAUAUUAAGAUUUUAAGACAACAGUUAAGUGGAUUGUGGGAACAGGAAAACCGUCUUACUUUGGUUCCAGGAUAUACUGGUAAUAUAGCUAAGGAUGUAGAUGCUUAUUUAUUACAGUUGCAUUGAGAGAUUCCAUCUACUAAAGAGCAUCUGAUUAUUCCAAACAUCGCUGGACUAUAUGAUUUCUAAAAAUAGAUCUCUUCUGAGAAAUGUGAACUGUGGAAGAAAUCAAAACCAUUUUUCUUUUAAAAGGCCACAUAAUGAAACCACUAAUGAAACCCUAACAAUGUACUUCACAUUGAAGUGGAAAAAUAUCCAGGAAGAGCAGCUCUAACUUGAAUGGGUGAAGUGCACUAAGAAGAUUGUCGCCUCCGCUGCUUCAGGAUUCAUAUGGUUAUUUGAUAACAUUGUUUCAGAACUACUGGUCUGAAUGCAAUCCUGCAAAAAAAAAUAAUAAUAAUAAUUUAUAUUAUGUGAAAAAAUAAGACAGGACUUAUGACUAGGAACUACAAAGACCAAUCAUCAUUAGUUUUUAUUGUGUUUUAUAAAAAACACUUACAUGUAUGCAGCUAUUUUCUUAUGUUAAAAAGACUUUGAAAACUAAAACCACCAUAAUGUCAUCAAUAUUAAAAUUUUUGUCCACACUGAUACUGUGUAUACAAAAUGCCUUAAUUAUCAAUAAGCCAAUGUGUUAUGAUACCAAUAUGUUUUUAACAAAUUAAAACCAAUCAUGCUUCUGGCAUGGUAAAAUCAUGGAACUAAAUCAGGGGUUUACAUUCAUGUAGAGCGUUAUUGUUGAGACAGAUUCCACACCACUUUUUAAACUUGAGAGUGUAUAUUUAGUAUUUCUGAUUUUUUUUUUUGCCACAAUCUUCAUAUCAUGUAUGUAUGCGUUAUCCCUAUAUAAAGAAAAAGAUGAAUAUGUAUCUGUAUGAAUGUUUAACUGGAAAUGACCAUGGCGUUGGCUAAUUUAUAUUCACUUUUUGUACAUAAAUUUCUAAUAUUUUUCAUUUCUGUAUCAUUUAAACAGCCUUCAUUUGAGUAAAUUCACUAAAUAUUUCUA